CAUUGUUUUCGCUUCUGCCAGCCGCGGCGGUGUCCGGCGCCGACAGGUCGCCGCCGCGGUGCCCCGAUGAGCGGACCCGGGGCGGGGAGGGAGGUGCUGUUGGGACCGGAGCCGCGGCCGCCCACAGCCCAGGUCGUUGACGCGGGCCCUACCCACGCUUCGCCCCCGCGGCCGGCGGCGCGGUCCCCUUGACUCUCAGAAGCCGCCCGAUGUAGAGCGCCUCUUUGUCCCAGUGCCCUGACCAGCCGUGGCUGGCACGGAGCCCGGCACCUGCGGGUACAGCGAUGAACAGGGCAGACGUGGCCAGGUGACACUCCCAUCCCCCUACCUCCCCAACUCUGAAAACAGCUUCUGAGACCUGAAUUACAGACCAUCAUUUUAAUCGGACAGACUGCAACCAAAAUAAGUUUAUCUUGGGGGUCAGAAUGGCCACUCAAGGCAGGGGAACUCUAGGCCUCAUCACUAGGGGUGCUGUUCUCCAGAAGCAGGAGGGGUGCCUGCCGGUGAAGCAGGAGCCAGGGAGUCAGACCUGGGGACAGAGCUGCAGUCUCCAAAAGAAUCACCCUCCUGUCUGUGAAAUUUUCCGGCUGCACUUCAGGCAGUUAUGUUAUCACGAGAUGUCUGGACCACAGGAGGCACUGAGCCGGCUCCGGGAGCUCUGCCGCUGGUGGCUGAUGCCAGAGGUGCACACUAAGGAGCAGAUCCUGGAGCUGCUGGUGCUGGAGCAGUUCCUGAGCAUCCUACCCGGGGAGCUCCGGACCUGGGUGCAGCUGCAUCACCCCGAGAGUGGUGAGGAGGCUGUGGCUGUAGUGGAGGAUUUCCAGCGACACAUCAGUGGACCAGAAGAGGUUUCAGCUCCAGCACAGGAACAGGAAAUGCAUUUGGAGGAGAUGACAACCUUGAGUGUAACAGCGGAAUCUCCUCCUGCCUCUCCCCUCAGUGAGGGUUCAGCCGCUGGAGCCCACUUGGAGCCUCCACAUGACCCAGGGGCACACCACCUCCCCAGCGGGUGCUCUGCUCGGCGUGCUUCCCCAGUGCCUGCCCUUCCCCAAGCAGGGGACUCAGGAGACCACGCAGCGGCAGCCGUGCCUCGGACGGUCAGGCCCCAGGUGGCUGCAGAGUCUGAGCUCCUGUCCGUGGACUAUACUCAGAAGAAGUGGAAAGGGCCGGCGCUCAGCCAGAGAGCCCCGUACCGGAAGAACGCCAUGCCGGAAAACUACCGCAGCCUGGCCUCCCUGGCAGGUGAGAAAAGGAUGGAGAGUUCAGAGUUGCCUCCAAAGCAGGCGAUUUCUAAAGGAUCAGAGUCACCUGAUAGGACCUCAGGAAGACUGUAUGGAGUACUUCCUGGAGGACCAGGAGCUGGAGAUGCCUGUGAAGAGGCUUUAGAGAAGUUAGGAGCACAACCCUCUGAUGAAGAAGGGAGCAGACCGGAAAGUGGUUUCUUGGAAAUAAUACAGGAGGGUAAAAAGAAAUCUGCAAAAGAUGGAUGUGAUGAAUGUAAAGAUCUUGGGGAACAUCCAGAUCUGUCCUCCAGUCCUGCAGAAGAUCAAGAAGUUCUAAAGGGACAGAAAUUCUAUCGAUGUGAUGAAUGUGGCAAAGCUUUUAAUCGGAGUUCACACCUCAUCGGGCAUCAGAGAAUCCACACUGGAGAGAAACCCUAUGAGUGUAAUGAGUGUGGUAAGACCUUCAGGCAGACCUCUCAGCUCAUAGUUCAUCUGAGAAUCCACACAGGGGAAAAGCCCUAUGAAUGCAGUGAUUGUGGAAAGACCUAUCGCCACAGCUCCCAUCUCACUCAGCACCAGAGACUCCAUAAUGGAGAGAAACCGUAUAAAUGUAAUGAAUGUGCAAAAGCUUUCACUCAGAGUUCCCAACUCAUUGACCACCAGAGAACCCACACUGGGGAGAAACCGUACGAAUGCAACAAGUGUGGGGAGGCCUUCAUUCGGAAUAAAAGCCUUGUCCGACAUCAGGUACUUCACACUGGUGAGAAACCUUUCAAGUGUAAUGAGUGUGGGAAAGCUUUCUGUUCUAACAGAAAUCUUACUGACCAUCAGAGAAUCCACACUGGGGAGAAGCCUUAUGAGUGUAAUGAAUGUGGCAAGGCCUUUAGUCGGAGUAAAUGUCUUAUUCGACAUCAGAGCCUCCACACUGGGGAAAAACCAUACAAAUGCAGUGAGUGUGGGAAAGCCUUCAAUCAAAACUCUCAACUUGUUGACCAUGAGCGAAUUCAUACUGGAGAAAAACCUUUUGAAUGUAAUGAGUGUGGUAAGGCAUUCAGUCUGAGUAAAUGUCUCAUUCGACAUCAGAGACUUCACACUGGUGAAAAGCCUUAUAAAUGCAAUGAGUGUGGAAAAUCCUUCAAUCAAAACUCACACCUCAUUAUACACCAGAGGAUUCACACUGGUGAGAAACCUUAUGAGUGUAAUGAGUGUGGGAAGGUCUUCAGUUACAGCUCCAGUCUUAUGGUACAUCAGAGAACCCAUACUGGAGAAAAACCCUAUAAAUGCAAAGAUUGUGGGAAAGCUUUUAGUGAUAGCUCACAACUCAUUGUGCAUCAGAGAGUUCACACUGGAGAGAAACCCUAUGAGUGUAUUGAGUGUGGGAAAGCCUUCAGUCAGCGUUCUACUUUCAAUCACCACCAGCGAACUCACACUGGAGAGAAACAGUAUGUAUGUGCCGAGUGUGGGAAAGCCUUUAGUCAGAGCGCAAACCUCACGGUACACGAGCGAAUCCACACUGGAGAGAAGCCCUAUAAGUGUAAGGAAUGUGGAAAAGCCUUCAGUCAUAGCUCCAACUUGGUCGUUCAUCGGAGAAUCCACACUGGACUGAAGCCCUACACAUGCAAUGAAUGCGGGAAAUCUUUCAGCGGAAAGUCACACCUCAUUCGGCACCAGGGAAUCCACAGUGGGGAGAAGACUUACGAAUGUAAAGAGUGUGGGAAAGCCUUUAGCCGGAGUUCCGGUCUUAUUUCCCAUCACAGAGUUCACACUGGCGAGAAGCCCUACACUUGUAUCGAGUGUGGGAAAGCCUUUAGCCGUAGUUCAAACCUUACUCAACAUCAGAGAAUGCACAAAGGAAAAAAAGUUUACAAAUGUAAGGAGUGUGGGAAGACAUGUGUUUCUAAUACAAAAAUUAUCGACCAUCAGAGAAUUCACACUGGGGAGAAGCCUUAUGAAUGUGAUGAGUGUGGGAAAGCUUUCAUCUUAAAGAAGACCCUUAAUGAACACCAGCGACUUCAUCGUAGAGAGAAACCUUACAAAUGCAAUGAGUGCGGGAAAGCUUUUACUUCUAAUCGAAAUCUGAUUGAUCAUCAGAGAGUUCACACUGGAGAGAAACCCUAUAAAUGUAACGAAUGUGGAAAAACCUUCAGGCAGACUUCUCAAGUUAUUCUACAUUUGAGAACCCACACUAAGGAGAAACCCUAUAAAUGUAGUGAGUGUGGGAAAGCCUAUCGUUACAGCUCACAGCUCAUUCAGCACCAGAGGAAACAUAACGAGGAGAAGGAAGAGUCAUGAAUGACACAUAUUGUGGGAAGUGGGGCUAACUGCUACUUUCUGGAAGAGCAGUUUUUCAGUAUCAUCAACCUUAAUUCCCUAAGAAUCUAUACAGAGAAAGUAAUCAGAAGCAGACAAAGAUUAACAGAAGGGAUAUUCGUGCCAGUAUCAUACACAAUGGGAGGAAGAAAGCUGGAUUUUCAACAACAGUACAGGGUUUAGAUGAAUGAUGGUCAAUUCCUAUGAUGGUUUUGUACCCAUUAUAACCAUUUUUAAAGAAUAUUUAAUGCCAUGGGGGAAAUGAUUUGGAUAAAAUGGAAGAUAAAUGAAAGAAGAAAAGCAAUGAAAUACGAUCCAAAAAUUUUAAAAACACUUAUGCAAAGGAAAAAAAAAAAACGGGGAUGAAAUAAUACCAACCACAAUGUCAACAGUGAUUAUCUCUAGAUGAUAGGAUUACAGGUGAUUUCUAUUUUCUUCUUUAUACUUUUCUAUACUUUUUAGAUUUUCUACAGUGAGAAUGUACUACUUUUUAUAUUCAGGAAAAAAGUAGAGUAUUUUUUAAAUGCAUCAAGUAUGUGUACAUCUUCACUCAGCAGUGUUACGAAAGGCACAUAAAACAUAGACUCUAAAGUCUUGGGAUUGCGUCCUGCUACUGGCACUUCGUAGCAGUGGGACCAUGAGCAAGUCACCUCCUUUUAGAGCCUGUUUCCUUCAUAUUAUUUCAUAAAUACCAGUAGUUGGUCUUCUGCAAUUUUAAGUUAAAUAGACUUUACAGUUGUCACCACAAUGUAUAAGCUACUUAUUUCAUCACUGUUAGGUUAGAAGAACAUGGCAAAACUUUACUACAUCCUCCUCUCGCACAGUUGUAGAAGAAUCUGCAGAUAAUAGAGAACCACUUAGGCUCCAUCUUUUCAGUAUAUGUCUACAGACCCGGAAAAUAAUAUCCCCUUAUGAAACUGAAACAAUUGCAGUUUCAUAACCUUUAAAGAGAUACAGUGAUCAUCAUCUAAAACUAGGGGAAGACUCUGCCUUCACACGUUACAGAGUUUAGUAACUGAAAGUGCAGACUUUGAGGUCAGGGAUACAUGUGUUCUAAUCACAGAUCUGCUAUGCACUAGCUUGCCAAUUUUGGAUAAGACCCUUAACUGCUCCGAACCUCAGAUUAAUAAUCUGUAAAAGGAGAAUAACUGCCUACCUCACAGGGUGGUUGUGAGGAUUAAAUGAGGUAAUGCAUGUAAGUGUCUGACAAGCCUGGCACGUGGUAGAUCAUAAUCAUAGGACAUUUGAGCAGUUUUUCUGAACACCUAGUGAGACUGAUUUGGGAGAAGUUUUACUGAAGGUAGCAUUUAGGAUAUUUUCAAGUGUAACAAACACAAUGACAGGAACUAGUAGCUUAAAACGUUGAGAACACUGAUUGUUGACUUAAGGGAAAGUCGAGAGGUAAGCAGUUCCAAAUUUGGUUUGGCAGCUCAACAAUCCAUCACACUUCCAUCAACCUCCCUAAUUUUCAGCAUAUUGGCUUUCAUUUUUUGCAGCCUCGUGGUUGCAAGAUGGUGGGCACAGCUGCAAGCUGUUUUCCUCACACAAUUCCUUCAAAGUCAAGAAGUGAGGAAGGGAGCUGAGGCUUUCUCAUCUGGUUCCUUUCUGCUCUUUUUGGGGUGGGGGAUUAGGUUUACUUAUUUAUGCACUUAUUUUUGGAGGAGAUACUGGGGAUUGAACCCAGGGCCUCGUGCAUGCUAGGCACAUGCUCUACCACUUGAGCUAUACCCUCCUCCCUCUGGUUCCUUUCUGCUUUUAUCACUGGGAAAACCCUUUUCCAGAAGAAGGGAGUGAUGCUGAGCAGUCAGUACUGCAGGUGCCCACUAGCCUCAUCUGCCUUUCUUUAUAUCCCCUCUGAGAAGACCUUAAACCACUUUCAACCAAUGUUGUAAACUUUUAAGAUGACUCAGAAUCCAUCUGGGAACCCUUAGAAUCACCCCAUUCUUAACUCAGCCACUCUUCUUUCUUUGUAUACCGUGAAUGCCUAAGCCUAAUGCCAUCUGUCUUACACACAUAGUGAUUUAUUGUUUCAGGAAUUAUUAAAGAUUUGGAAUCCCAUUCAAUCCUCAUAACAUUGGUGCAUUAGUGAGGUUAGGUGACUGGCUAGUGAGUGGUUGAAACCAGAAUUUGAACUGAGAUCUACAAGUCUGUGCUUUCUUUAUUAUAUAUCAAAAUGCCUCUGCCUACCAUGAUGGUUCUAUGUGAGUGGGAGACCAGUUGGGAUUCUCCGGAGUAGCCACUUUUAUGAAAGCCACAUAAUUAUAUCUGGACAAUUACUUGAUCAUGGUUUCAUAAGAAAGAUGCUGUCAGUCUUCUCUGAGUUGGAUUUAUAGCCUGUCUCUGCACCUUGUAAUUUAGUUUUAAGGAUUAUGUAUUUCUUCCUUGCUGUUCCUAGAAAGAAGUGGAGGGUGUGAAGGGUAUAUUUGUAUGAAACGGUUUGGUUUUGUCCUAUUUUGAUAAGAUACUGGCUUACAUACAAUUUUGUGAUAUCAUAGUCUUUUGCAUAGUUAUUCAAAGCAAGCUUUGGAGGCUCUUCAACAGAUUCGGUGUGUUAGGUGGGUAGGACUGUUGUAUCAUUGGUCACCCUUGGGUAGGCACUUCUCCAAGAGUCUGGUUGGACACGAGGGUAGGGUAACCCACAUGGGCCAGUGGCUGAACAGAACUGCAGCAAUAAGGGCGCUUCCAUCAUUUUCCCCUUGUCGUGUGUCCUUUUAAAAUUCUACAGGGAGUUUGUAAUUCAUAUUCAUGCCUUUUGUCUUGCCAGUUAGCUUCACCUGCGUACCUGUGUGGAAGCUCCCAUGACUAAUGUCUUCUGGCCCUGCCAAAACUGCUCUAAGGAAACAGGCAGCUAGCUCCCUGUAUGCCUGUCAAGGGUUAUUUUUUGAGCAUUUAUUGUUGCUGAGUUGAGUUGUUGAUGCUUGCUAUAUUGCUGAGCAGGCAUUCUCUGACCCAAACAUUCUCCCAGCACUGUGUCAUAGAAACAGGCUUUCUUUUUCAUCUUAAAAGACUUGGUGAUCUUCAAGGGUAAAUACCUUCUAGGAAGGAUGUCAGAGAUCUGAAUACUGUCCCAUUUCUUGCCCCAGGCAAGAUGAGAUAAUGGACCCUGGAGGAGACCCUCGCCGUCUUCUAGGUGUUACCUGUCUUGAACUGCAGGAGUAAAUGUUGACAAGUGGUCUCUGCAGCCUUUCAUAGAAAUAGUCUGCAGUAUAAUCUGAGCUGACCCCCCACCUUCCUCCGGGAGUUUUUCAAGACUACCAGCUGUUUGCUUCAGUCAGUGUUUAAUUUUGCAGCUCUUAACCAUCCUUUCAAGCCCUUUCAGAUACACUCGGGAAUGCAGGGUCUGUCUCUUUGAAUGUGUUUUUUCCAGCUUCCUGUCCUAAUGGAGGCCUGGUUGUGCUUCCUCUGCAGUCCUUCAGUUGCUGGUUUUUCUCUCCCUCAACCCACUUACCUCUCUGUACUGCCAUUUCUUCUCUAUCCCACCCAAAUCCCAGCUCUCUUGACACGUGCGUCACUAGACGACUGUGUUGCCCAGCUCUUUUCUUGUCACCUACUGACAUCCUGUGCACUCAACUUUGAUUCUCUUACAUUUUUAGUACCCUGAAUAUUCCUGAGGAAUGUGAAAAGGCAAUAUUUUUUAGCCACAGGUAUCCUGGUUGUGUAGAGUUGCUUUUGUGUGGACUAGAAAUGUGUAUGUCUCCUUUUGGUUGUGAGGAAAAGUAUGAAGUUGAAAUCUUAUGUAGCCCUGAUUAAAAGGAAAUAUGAAGACAGAGAAUCAUGCACAGAGAGGAAAGUGUCUUCCUGGACUUAAGAGAUAUUUCUCAUUGAUGGUGUGUACUGUGUUAGGUCUUCCUAGGAACUGAGAAUAAAUGUGAAACCAAAAAGAGCUUUAAAUAGCUGAGUAAUUCCAGUGACUACGAAUCCCAUGAGACUAUAUUUCAUUUCAGUUCUGUAUCCACAAUGACAGGCUUGCUUUUUUAAUUUUUCCCAGUCAAUUUAAAAAAAGUAUGCUUAUAUUGUUAGAUUAUUUUUAGAAACUAGACUGUCUUUAGUCAAUUCUGAUGUUAUAAAACUGGAGUCGUAAAACUUUUUUGCAGGAAAUAAUUGUAAUUCCUCCAAUAAAUGUCUGUUGUUAUUUACUUGUUAUAAA